AUGUCGGAGAAAAAGCCGGUGGUUGGCCUCUCAUGGCAACCACAGUUGCCUUUUCCAUCUCUGUCAAAGGCUACAAAUGAUCCAUCUCAUGCCCAAUUUCUAGCCAAGGGACCGAAUAACACUAUUUGGAAACCAAAUUCCGAAUUUGUUAGUGGGCUAUUGGUUCCUCCCAAUGACCCCAGAAAAUUAAAUAAGUUAUUGAGACAACAAGUUAAGGAUACUGCUGCAAAAGGAUGGUUUGACAUGUCUGCUCAAACCAUGACCCCUGAGCUGCAGAGAAAUCUGAAGUUACUAAAGGUGAUUGAGUUUUGA